AUGACUAUUCCUGAGAAAGUCAACCUCACAAGUGGUGUCGGAUGGCAAGGUGAGAGGUGUGUUGGAAAUACAGGGUCCGUCCCGCGCCUCGGCCUCCGUGGCCUGUGCCUCCAGGAUGGCCCAGCUGGCAUCCGGUUUACCGACUACAACUCCGUAUUUCCCUCUGGCCAGCUUACAGCUGCUACCUGGGAUCGUGUUUUGAUCAACCAGAGGGCGCGUGCCAUGGGCUUCGAGGCCAAGGGUAAGGGAGUUGAUAUCCUCCUCGCCCCCGUUGCCGGUCCUAUCGGUCGUAUCCCUGCUGGAGGUCGCAACUGGGAAGGCUUUUCGCCAGACCCUUACUUGAGUGGCGUGGCUAUGGCGGAGUCCGCAAUGGGCAUUCGGGGAGCAGGUGUCAUCGCUUGCGCUAAACACUUCGUUGGAAACGAGCAAGAGCGUUUCCGACAAGCAGGAGAAGCCCAGGGAUACGGGUUUGACGUUGCUGAGUCCAUGUCUUCCAACAUCGAUGACAAGACCAUGCACGAGCUGUAUAUGUGGCCCUUCGCUGAUGCUAUCCGUGCCGGUGUAGGGGCAAUCAUGUGCUCGUACCAGCAGGUCAACAACUCGUAUGGUUGUGCCAAUUCAAAGCUCAUGAAUAAUCUUCUCAAAGACGAGCUGAGCUUUCAAGGCUUCAUUGUGAGCGAUUGGCAGGCUCAGCACACCGGUGUUUCCUCGGCGGUGGCAGGCCUCGACAUGACUAUGCCUGGCGACACUACUUUCAACUCUGGUCUCAGCUUCUGGGGCGCUAACUUGACCCUUGCCGUCCUCAACGGCACCGUUCCUGCGUGGAGGCUCGACGACAUGGCCCUCCGCAUCCUUACGUCCAUGUUCAAUAGCAACAUGGACCUCGACCUACCCGAGAUCAACUUUUCGUCGUGGACCCUUGACACAAAGGGCCCUGUCCACUACGUAGCGAAAGAGAAUGUCGAGGUGAUCAACCAGCACGUCAAUGUUCAGUAUGACAACGCCGCGUUAAUUCGCAAGGUAGCCGCGAAGGGCACCGUCCUCCUCAAGAACGAAGGAGCCCUUCCCCUCAACAAGCCCAAGUUCCUCGCCGUCAUCGGGGAGGAUGCUGGCCCCAAUCCCAAAGGCCCCAAUGGUUGUUCCGACCGGGGCUGCAACGAAGGCACCCUCGGCAUGUCUUGGGGGUCUGGUACCGCCAAUUUCCCGUACCUCAUCACCCCCGACUUCGCGCUCCAAGAGCAGGCUUUGAAGGACGGCACGCGGUAUGAGAGUAUCCUCAGCAACUGGGAGCUUUCGGCCACAAGGAAUCUCGUAAAGCAAGAUGACGCGACCGCUAUCGUCUUCGUCAAUGCCAAUUCGGGAGAGGGCUACAUCGCUGUGGAGGAUAAUCAGGGCGACCGCGCCAACUUGACGCUCUGGAACGGAGGCGACGAGCUCAUCAAGAACGUCUCCUCCCUUUGUUCCAAUACCAUCGUCGUCAUUCACUCGACUGGGCCUGUGCUCGUGACCGAUUGGUAUGAUAGCCCCAACGUCACCGCUAUCUUGUGGGCAGGUGUGCCUGGCCAAGAGUCCGGCAACUCGAUCGCCGAUGUUCUCUACGGCAGGAUCAACCCCGCUGGACGGCGCCCCCAGGAUGACUUUGCGGAAGGCAACUUUAUCGACUACCGUCACUUUGAUCGCGCUUCUGAAGAGGACCCUGAGGUGGCCCCCAUCUACGAAUUUGGCUUUGGCCUUUCUUACACCACAUUUGAGUACUCGGACAUCAAGGUUCAAAAGCUCGACGUGACGGAGUACACGCCCACCAAGGGCAAGACGAUCGAGGCACCCAUCCUCUCCAACUACAGCACCGAUCUAUCCGACUACGUCUUUCCGGACAACGUGCGCCCGAUCGAGCAAUUCAUCUACCCCUACCUUUCCACGGACGAGUCGGGCGAGGCCGCUUCCGGGGACCCCAAUUAUGGCCAGGAGGCCGACGAGUUCCUCCCGCCCGGCGCUACCGACGGCUCUCCCCAGCCCCUCUUACGGUCGGGAGGCCAGCCUGGUGGGAAUCCUGCCUUGUGGGAAACGCUCUAUACAGUUAGUGCCACAAUCACCAACACAGGCGAUCUGGAUGGCGAGGAAGUCGCACAGUUAUACAUCUCCCUCGGCGGGGAAGAUGAGCCUGUCAGGGUCCUCAGGGGCUUUGACCGCCUGUCAAUUCCCGCUGGUGAGUCGGUGACGUUCGAGGCCGACUUGACCAGGAGGGACCUGAGCAACUGGGAUGUUGUGGUUCAGGACUGGGUGAUUACCGAGCACGAGAAGACGGUAUGGGUCGGCAGCAGCUCUCGAAACCUACCCCUCAAGAUCAAGUUGGAUGUUGGCGAUGCUGCCAGCAGUCCCGAGGAGCCGGAUGAGGAUGUUCCCGAUGAAGGGGAAGGGGAAGAGGAAGAGGACCAGGGUGGUGACAAGGAUGAAUGA